AUAUAGACUUCCAGACAUGUAAGUGAGUAUUCACUUUUCGUCCAGCAGACUACAACAAGAAUUUGUCAGGCCGAGGGAAAGGAAACAUCAGAAUGUUCUGCACUGCAGCAGAUAUGGGGAACCUUAUUUUGUUCAUCUUUUUUUUCCCUUUUGUUAUCUCUCAACCGGUGGUUAGGUUUUUAGCUGUAGCGGACAUGUUGAGUCCAGGCCAGUCCAUCAGAGACGGGGACACAACAUUGGCUUCUUCAGGCCAAAUAUUUGAGCUCGGUUUCUUCUCUCCUGGAAAUUCCAAGAACAGGUACCUUGGAAUCUGGUACAAGAGCAUUCCCAGCACUGUUGCGUGGGUGGCCAAUCGGGAUGAUCCUCUCGCCGGCUUGAACGGGACCCUCACCUUUACCGGUAAGGGAAACCUUGUCCUUCUCAACCAAUCAAACAGUGCCAUUUGGUCUUCGAACUUGUCUAGGACAGUAAGGAACCCGAUCUUGCAGCUCCUAGACUCGGGAAACCUUGUCCUAAGAGACAGCAGCAGUGGGGAUCCUAAUGAUGGUUACCUGUGGCAGAGCUUUGAUUACCCCUCCGACACUCUAUUGCCCAGCAUGAAACUAGGAUGGAAUUUAUUGACUGGCUUUGAGAAACAUUUGACCUCAUGGAAGAGUUCCAGUGACCCUUCCCGUGGAGACUAUGUCUACAGGAUAAACAUUGAAGGGCUGCCCCAAGUAGAACUGGUCUCCACAGGGUCCACACCUGCCGUAAAGUACCGGACUGGCCCAUUUAAUGGGGUGCAGUUCAGUGGCGCUUCCCUCACGCCAAGCUUUGUUUCUAGGCCCAUAAUGGUAUAUAACGAGACAGAGGUAUAUUUCUGGUACGACUCUCUGAAGGCCGAGUACAUUACUCGGGUUACAGUGGAUAAUUCGGGCAUGGUUCAGCUUUUUGUGGCGAAGAGCAGGAGUACCACGUGGGAUCUCAUGUAUUCUCUCCCUAGUGAUCCAUGCGAUAACUAUGGUAAAUGCGGGCCCAACGGUAUUUGUAUGAUUAGUGAAGCUCCGAUUUGUCAGUGCCUUAAGGGAUUCGAACCAAGAUCAACUGAGAAGUGGCAAGUACUUAAUUGGUUGGAUGGUUGCAAGAGGAAAGUACAGAUGAAUUGUUCAGCUAGAGAGGAAGAAGGGUUUCUCAGGGUUGAUAGGGUGAAAUUGCCCGACUUGUUAGAGUUCUUUUUGGAUGAGAAUAUGAGUCUCGAGGACUGCAGGGUCGAGUGUCUAAAGAACUGUUCCUGCACAGCGUAUGCUAACUCAAAAAUUACAGGAGGAGGUAGUGGGUGCAUAAUGUGGUUCGGGGACCUAGUUGAUAUUCGAGAAUUCCAAGAUGGCAAAUAUAAGCAGGAUAUUUUCGUUCGACUUCCUGUUUCUGAACUUGAUUCGAUGCACAAUGCUUCAAAGAAGAUGAGGAGGAUGUUAACAAUUGGAGGGGUUUCUUUGGCCAUUCUUGUUCUGAUCAUGGCAACUCCGAUUACCUGUUACUUAAAUCAAAAGAGGCGGACGAAAAGUCAAGGAUCAAGAAGUGGGAACGGCGAUAUCGACCUCCCAUUAUUUGAUCUGGCUAAAAUUUCGCAUGCUACUGACAAUUUCUCUCAGACAAAUCUGAUUGGUCAAGGUGGCUUCGGACCUGUUUACAUGGGAAAAUUUGCAGAUGGACAAGAAAUAGCAGUAAAGAGGUUGCUGAGCACUUCAGGGCAAGGGGUUGAGGAGUUCAUGACCGAAGUAAUUUUGAUCGCCAAACUUCAGCACAAGAAUCUUGUCGGGCUUCUGGGCUGCUGCAUAGAGAGAGAAGAAAGAAUGCUAGUUUAUGAAUAUAUGCCCAAUAAAAGCCUGGAUCAUUUUAUCUUCGAAAAUGAUAGGAGCUACCUUUUAGGAUGGAAAAGACGGUUCGACAUUAUUGUUGGAAUUGGCCGUGGACUUCUAUACCUCCACCAGGACUCGAAACUUCAGAUCAUUCACAGAGAUCUCAAAACAAGCAAUAUCUUGUUAGAUGAGAACCUGAAUCCAAAGAUUUCAGACUUUGGCCUUGCGAGGAUCUUUGAAGGCGAUAAGAAAGAAGAAAGAACGAAACGCGUAAUUGGAACUUAUGGGUACAUGUCCCCUGAAUAUGCCAUCGAUGGGAAAUUCUCAGUGAAGUCCGAUGUCUAUAGCUUCGGUGUUCUCUUGUUAGAGAUAGUAAGCGGUAGAAAGAACAGAGGAUUCUGCCACCCGGAUCACCACCACAACCUGCUUGGACAUGCAUGGUUGCUAUGGAACGAAGACAGGGCCUUGGAACUCGUGGACCGAUCUUUGUAUGAUUCAUUAAUUGAAUAUCAAGUCAAGAGAUGCAUUCACGUUGGAUUGUUAUGUGUACAAAAAUUCCCUGAAGACAGGCCAACAAUGUCCUUUGUUGUCUCCAUGUUAGUAACCGAAGGAGCGAUCCUAUCCCAACCUAAACAGCCUGGUUUUUUCAUGGAAAGAAGUACAUCGAACUCACAUUCAAGUUCAGCUGGUGGAGAAGUCUACACAUGCAAUGCUGUUACGAUCACGAAUCCUGUAGGUCGCUUAUGGAAUGAUACUCUGAUGAAAUCAAGAGGUAAUUACUUUUCAUCCAACAGGUUUACCACAAGAAUUUGUCAGGCCAAGGGAAAGGAAACGUCGGAUUUUUCUUUUUUCUUGGCAUCAGAGAUGGGGAACCUUGUCUUUUUUAUCUUAUGUUUCCCUUUUGUUAUCAUUCCAUCUGUGGUUAGUUUUGCAGCCGGAGCAGACACGUUGAGCUCUGGACAGUCCAUCAGAGACGGGGAGACGACAUUGAUUUCUUCGGACCAAAGAUUCGAGCUCGGUUUCUUCUCUCCUGGAAAUUCCAAAAACAGGUACUACAUAGGAAUCUGGUACAAGAGUAUUCCGGACACAGUUUUGUGGGUCGCGAAUAGGGAUGAUCCUCUCACUAGCUCUGAUGGUGCAUUAACCUUUGCCGAUGAAGGAAACCUUGUCCUUCUCAACCAAUGGAACGGUAUUAUUUGGUCUUCCAACUUGUCUAGGACAGUAAGUAACCCUAUUUUGAAGCUUCUUGACUCGGGAAACCUUGUCCUAAGAGAAAACAGCAGUGAGAAUCCUAGUGAUGGUUACCUGUGGCAGAGCUUUGAUUACCCAUCCGACACUCUAUUGCCUGGCAUGAAACUAGGAUGGAACUUGUUGACGGGCCUUGAGACACAUUUGACCUCAUGGAAGAGUUCUGAUGACCCUUCCAGUGGAGACUAUGUCUACAGGAUAGACAUUCAAGGGCUGCCCCAAGCGGAAGUGAUCUCCACAGGGUCCACACCUGCCGUAAUAUAUCGGUCUGGUCCAUGGAAUGGGGCCCAGUUCAACAUCGCUUCCCUGUGGCCGACUGUGGUUUCUAGGCCCAUGAUGGUCUAUAAUGAGGCAGAGGUCUAUUUCUGGUACGACUCUCUAACCAAUGACUACAUUUUUCGGAUCACAUUGGAGCAAUCAGGCUUGCUUCAGCGUCUUGUGGCGAAAAGUGGGAGUACCACGUGGGAUGUCAUGUAUUCAAUUCCUAAUGAUAUAUGCGAUAACUAUGGGAAAUGCGGGCCGAACAGUAUUUGCAUGAUUAGUGAAUCUCCAAUCUGUGAGUGUCUUAAAGGAUUUGAGCCCAGAUCAACUGACCAGUGGCUAGUGUUUAAUUGGUCCGGUGGUUGCAAGAGCAAAGCUGAGAUUAAUUGUUCAACUAGAGAGGGAGAAGGAUUUCUAAGGGUUGAUAAAGUGAAACUGCCCGACUUGUUGGAGUUCUCAUUGCAUGAGAACAUGACCCUCGAAGAGUGCAGAGUCGGGUGCCUGAAGAACUGUUCAUGCACAGCGUAUGCUAACUCGAAAAUUAAAGGAGGGAUUGGGUGCAUAACGUGGUUUGGGGACCUGGUCAAUAUUAGAGACUUGCAAGAAAUUCAGUAUGACCUAGAUAUCUACAUUCGAGUUCCUGCUUCUGAACUAGGUUCGAUCCAAGAUGCUGCCAAGAAGAAGAGGAUAAUAAUUAUAGGAACAGUUUCUUCAGUCAGUUUAGGUUUGAUCGUACUGGCUCUGAUAACUUGGUCUUUGAUUCGCAAACGAAGGAUCACAAGACAAGGUCUGAGAAGCAGGAAUGGUGAUAUCGACCUGCCAUUGCUUGAUUUGGCUACAAUUUCUUUUGCUACUGGUAAUUUCUCUCAGAUAAAUCUGAUUGGUGCCGGCGGCUUUGGACCUGUUUACAAGGGAAAUCUUCCAGAUGGAAAAGAAAUAGCGGUAAAGAGGUUGCUGAGCAGUUCAGGACAAGGGAUUGAGGAGUUCAUGGCCGAAGUAGUUCUGAUAAAGAGACUGCAGCACAGGAACCUCGUCGGGCUUCUGGGCUGCUGCAUAGAGGGAGAAGAAAGACUGCUAGUUUAUGAAUAUAUGCCCAAUAAAAGCCUGGAUCAUUUUAUCUUCGAAAAUGAUAGGAGCUACGUUUUAGAAUGGAAAAGGCGGUUCGACAUUAUUGUUGGAAUUGGCCGUGGACUUCUAUACCUCCACCAGGACUCGAAACUUCAGAUCAUUCACAGAGAUCUAAAAACAAGCAAUAUCUUGUUAGAUGAGAACCUGAAUCCAAAGAUUUCAGACUUUGGCCUUGCGAGGAUCUUUGAAGGCGAUAAGAAAGAAGAAAGAACGAAAAGGGUCAUCGGAACUUAUGGGUAUAUGUCCCCAGAAUAUGCCUUCGAUGGGAAAUUCUCUGUAAAGUCCGAUGUCUACAGCUUUGGCGUUCUCUUGUUAGAGAUAGUAAGCGGAAGAAAGAACAGAGGAUUCUGCCACCCGGAUCACCAUCACAACCUUAUCGGACAUGCAUGGCUGCUAUGGGAUGAAAACAGGCCCUUAGAACUCGUUGACCGAUCUUUGUUCGACUCAUCGAUUGAAUAUCAAAUCAGGAGAUUUAUUCACGUGGGAUUGUUAUGUGUACAAAAAUUCCCUGAAGACAGGCCAACAAUGUCCUUUGUUGUCUCCAUGUUAGAAACCGAAGGAGCGAUCCCAUCCCAACCUAAACAGCCUGGUUUUUUCAUGGAAAGAAGUACAUUGAACUCACAUUCAAGUACAGCUGGUGGAGAAGUCUACACAUGCAAUGCUGUUACGAUCACGAUUCCUGUAGGUCGAUAGAACCAAUCCUUGUGUAUGUUAUACAGCUUAUGGAAUGAUUGUUCAAUAACACAGGAGGGCUCAACUGCAA